CGCUAUUCAAAACAAGUCGUGAACCGCGGAGUAGGCAAGCGCACAGUUCAGUUGUUUUGAGCGGGUUACUCAGUAUUACCUGAAUGUAGCGUUCUGGAUUUUUUCCUUUGUGUUUAUCGUAUUUCCUUUACAGUGGUCCUGAAGAUGUUGCCCAACCUUACUUCAAGAAAGAGGAAGCAGUGCUCUCCUGAUGGAAACCCUGCAAAGAGGCAGAUUAUCAAUGGCUAUAGCCCUCCGAGGAGAUCAUCCCCUCGCAACGCCCAACCUUCCAUCCUAAAGUGUGUCGGUCAUCUUGAGAAGGAGAACCAUUCACCCAUUAAGUCACCAGGAAAGAGACAACGCACCUCGCCUCCAAUGCCUCUUACCCCUAAAAAAGGCUCCUGGAACUCUUUACUGGAAGAACCUCCCAAAAAGCAGAUGUCUCCUCAGAAGGCCACUGUAGCAGGCUCCUUCUACAGCAAACAGAAGGUCUUGUAUCUCACACCCCUGGAGAGGAAGCUGCUGAAGGAAACCAAAUCACCGCCGUCCAAAUCCGUCGAGGAGAAGCCCAACCCUCCACCUUCUGCGGGCAAACCCAAAGGCAAGAGAGGCCGACUUCCAAAGAAGAUUACGUCAUCUAAAGUCCAGAAGCCCAGCAUUAAGGGCUACCUUUCAGCAAAGGUCAGUGUGAGUAAGGUGUCUCCCAGCACCAAGACUGACUCAAUGAACUCUCGGUCAGAAGCCUCAAAGAAAACUCCCAUGUUUACCUUUGGUAGCCUGAAGAACAAGGCCAAACCCAAGAUCUUUAUAGGCGCUGCUUUCUUUGCUUCUGGCAAAAAGCCCGCUGCCAUUCACAAACAGGCAGUGCCAUGGAAGCCCAAACAGACUGAAAGUCAGGAGAAAGGCAAAGCCAGGACUCCAGAGAAGAAGUGCAGUGAGAAGGAUAAGGAACAGCAGAGACGUUCACCGAUUCGACGCGCCGUGUUUGCCAGGAAGCCGCCACAAAAGGACAGAUCACCAACGGAGCUCACAAACACGGAGAAACCAAAGGAAACAACCACGGACAAGCCCACGGACGUGCCCCUGAGUCCUGAGGUUGGGUCCCCCCGUGCCUUCCUGGAGAAGCAUGGCAUCAUGAAGGACCUCAAAGUCAUGCUGAGGAGAUCUGAGUCCCUCAGUAAUUCUGUUUCUUCUCUGAAUAAUGUCUGCACACAGGAGUCAGAUAUUGAAAUGGGCUCUGACACGGAGUUUGACCUCAGUGAGAUCAAUCAAUCACAAGAUGACAGCAGCUCUGAUGAUGCUGUGUACCCCAUCUUUGGCUCCAAGAGGUCCCAGAGGAAGAAGGUCCUGUCCUCCCCCAGGACAUGUAGUACCCCCUCAGGUCUGUCCAGCAGCCUCACACCCUCAGCCAAGGACCGGAGCAGUGCCCGCACCAGGCGGGAAGGCAGGAAGUGUGACGACGACCAGCUCAUUAUCGACGCGGGCCAGAAGCAGUUUGGAGCGACCACCUGCGGCUCCUGCGGGAUGCUGUACAGUGCGGACAGCCUGGAGGACAAGCUGCAGCACAACCAGUUCCACCAGCGCUUCCUGGACGCCAUCAAGUUUGUGGGCUGGAAGAAAGAGCGUGUGGUAAAUGAGUUCUGGGACGGUAAAAUACUUCUCGUUCUCCCCGAUGAUCCAAAGUAUGCAACAAGAAAGGCGGAAGAUGUGCGCAAGGUGGCAGACAGUGAGCUGGGUUUCCAGCAGAUCACCCUGAGCAGUCCCAGCUCAGCCAAGACCUACCUGUUCGUCAACAGCGACAAGAUGGUGGUGGGCUGCGUGGUGGCCGAACAAAUCCGACAGGCGUUCCGUGUGCUGGAGCAGUCUCAGCAGCCGCAGCCGCAGAAGAGGGCGUCCAUAGAUGAGGAGGACAUCCUGGAACGCCACCGGGCCUGGUGCUGCUCCACGGUGCCCGAGCGAGCCAUCUGCGGGAUCAGCCGCGUCUGGGUCUUCAGUCUGAUGAGGAGGAAGAGCAUCGCCACGCGCAUGCUGGACACUGUCAGAAAUUCUUUCAUGUAUGGAAGCCAUCUAACUAAAGAGGAGAUUGCUUUCUCCGACCCCACACCAGAUGGCAAACUCUUCGCCACCAAGUACUGUGGGACUCCAACUUUCCUGGUCUACAAUUUCAUUGGCUGAGAACACUUGUCAGCAUUUCUUUUUUAAUUGGAUGUUUUUGAUCUUGUACAAAUUUUAUUUUGAGUUUUCUUUUUCCUUCAGACGUUGCAUUUUGUGUAAAAAAGGAGAUAUUGUUAGUUAAUGCAACUUUUGAUGUAGUUCUUUGAUGUUAAAAAUAUGAAGUAUGUACUCAUAAUGCCAAAAGUAAUAACAUGUGAAAGGCACAAAUCAAAUGGGAUCAGAAUGGCUUCACACAACCUCCAAACUAAACCAAUCAGAAUAGCGUAUUAUUCACCAUCAAUCACAGUUCUACAGCACAUGUAGAACAAUGCUGUCUCAUGAUAUGUUGUGUUUGCUCAUACCUUUUAAAACAGUCUGUGUGAGGUGCUGACAUCAGUAUUAAUUCUGAAGUGAUCUUGAUAAGCUUUAGAGGUUAGUAUCAGUUACAUGAUUAAUUUGAAGGUCCAGUUUCUGUUUUUCCCCUUAGACACUCUAGAGUUGCAUUUAGUACUUGAUGUAUAUUGCAUUAUAUGUAAAUAAAAACGUAUAAUAACAAUA